UUCAUGGUGGAGGAGGAGUCCCGCUCAUCAGCGCUCACACUUUAUUGAUAUAUAUGGAGAAAAUAAAAAUGCUGCUUUGUGAUUUGUCAGUGAUUAUGUUUGAUGAUUUCCUCUGUUGUGUCUAAUAAGGUAACAGUGAGUGUCAUUGGCAGCUGUGAGAGUCUCUCUCUCUUUAGAGGACUGACAGGAGCCAGUUUCUUCAGUGUGUGUGUGAGGGAGCAGAGGAGAAACAGAGUCAAACAAACAGUGUGACGAGCAGAAGAAGAUGGAGGGAUUUCUGACACUCGUUUUACUCUCCUCUAUAGUCACUAUAAACACAUCUGAUUUUGAGACUGUGAGGUUAGUUGGUGGGAACAGUCCCUGUGCUGGUAGAGUGGAGGUUCAUCAUGAUGGUCAGUGGGGAACAGUGUGUCAUUACAACUGGGAUAUGACUGAUGCUGGAGUGGUGUGUAGAGAGAUGGGAUGUGGAGAGGCUGUAGAGGCUGUGCGUAAUGCUCACUUUGGACAAGGAUCAGGACCGAUCUUGAUGGAUGAUGUGAGCUGUAGUGGAUCAGAGUCAACACUGAAGAACUGUGGAUCAUUAGGAUGGGGUGUUCAUUACUGUAGUCAUUAUCAAGAUGCUGGAGUCAUUUGCACAGAAACAAUAAACUACGGAAGGUCAAGCUUGUGUACGGGUCUCACCUGUGUUCUGGGAGAGUGGAGAUAUCAUAAACAACCCAGACUUUCUGAUGGGUCUCACCUGUGUUCUGGGAGAUUAGAGGUUCUUCGUGGGAACACCUGGUACACAGUGUGUGACACUGCCUUUGACCAGCAGGAUGCAGAGGUUGUGUGUAGAGAGCUGGACUGUGGAGCUCCUGUACAGGUGCUGGGAGAAGAUGCUUUCGGCAAAGGAGACGCUCAGAUGUGGACACAAGAGAUUCAGUGCAGAGGAAAUGAGUCUCAUAUAUCAUUCUGUUCAACAUCAUCUUUACACAAACACAACUGCACCAGUGGCAAUAAUGUUACACAGAUCUCAGACUGGUAA